GAAAUAGGGAAUACACUAUAAUAUAUUUGUAAACAUUAACUAAAAUCGUUAUGUACGUCUGGUUAUUGCCGUUCACCUAUUUAGAUCAGGGCUGAGUCAUGAUACCUAACAAGUUGAUGUAUGUAUGUAGAUGUGGCAUUAAUAUUUAUUUAAUGUUUAAGUUGAACGAAUACGCGGAAGAUAUGGAAGCAAUUUCAAGAUCAUUUGAAGAAAGAGUGAGGAUGAAACUUAACGCAGAGAAGAAAAGCGCUGGGACGUAUGGUUAUAAUCAUUUUAAAAUACCAAAUGAUUUUAAAGACUUUGGCCGUCGAUUUGUUCUUCAAUAUCCGUAUACAGAAAAAAAAGUCCCAGUUAUAAAUAUUACGGACGAAGACAAUUUGCACAAGACUGUAAAGGACUUCCUAUUGGAGAACGACUUAUACGAACAAUCGAUCACUCUAGUACAGGCACCGCCUGAUAUAGUAUUGGAAGUGGCUAGACAAUCAGCGUUACUCCAAGCUGCAACUCCAAUAAACCCUUCUGAUGAUGUCAUCCACAGAAAUAUACUUCGAAGUGGUGAUUAUUGGAACGAUGUUGUCGAAGAGCCUGUAAAUACAGAUUUAUUUUUACGAUCCAAACCGCAAACAAAUAUUAAUUCAUUACAUCUACGAUUUCAACCAGGAUCUAAUUUGUACGACCUUGUUACCGAGUUAAAAAAGAUCUCACCACGAUUGUUGUAUGUAAUAAAUGAUGAUUCUGAAUAAAUAGUACUUUAACAAAGAGAAAUAUGUACAUACAAUUUUAAUAAAAGUGCGUAUUGUUUAAAUGUCUUCAUGAAAAUUCAAGACAUAUUUUUCAGAGUACUAUUAUAACGAUAUGGAUUUUUCGUUUAAAUUGACUAAUUAUUUUGCUAAUAUUUAUUAUACACAGACAACAAUAAAGUUUUUAGCAUUGGC